UUGCUUAGCAGAUCUGGUGACCAAUUAAUGAAAUGAAAUGUUAAACUUAGAAGGAAAUUCCUAGAAAAAGUACUCCCCCCCUUCCACCUUAUAAGGCUUUGUCCUUGAGAAAACAAAUUAAGCUAUGAAUGAUUACUCAGCAUAUAUAAUAUGAGGAGAGUCUCUGUAACUUCUGUAUGUACAGCAAAAACAAGUUCACUAAUAAUCGGCUUUGCUUCGAUACUACUGUUCUUUUCCUGUGCAGUUGAUUAAGCCGAUAUUUUGCAAUUUUUUCAGAUACUAUAUAUUUGUGGAGCUCUAUUUUAUCCGCAAUUUCCCUCUUAACUUGUGAGUAGAUGCAGAGAACAUAAUAUUUAUUGGAAAAGGUUAGAGACUGAUACUAUUUAGUGUUGUAUGCAUGACAUAUUAUUUCUUCACGGUUGAAGCCGCAUAUGUUUGCUUAGCAAUUGGUCUCAGACACUCAAAAAGUGUGAGAAAGUUGCAAGGUUAAUUCUGCUUAUUGUUUUAUUCUGAAUCUUUACUGAAACUAUCCUAUAGUACAUAGAUUUUCUAUCACUGCUUCACAUGUUUGUGACAAUGAACAUUUCUCUCUACACUUUAUCAUUUUGCUCUCAGAUGAACCAUUCAGCCUUCCAUAAGUGCACUUGCCAUAGAGAGGGUAAGGACUCCUGUAAAAAGCGUGCUUCCUGUGAGGAAUCAACCUAUCUUCUUGGAUCGAAAUCCUCUGCAAUGAUUACAUCGAAGCCCGGUUCAUCUACAGAGGAAGAAGAAGUCAGACCACUUUCAGGAAAUCCUUUCUUCACAUGUAUCUUUCUGAAGGCUCAUGUAGACUCCCCCUACCAACUGACACUUCCUGUGUCGUUCCAUCCAGUCCUUCCAUCUGCUGAUGUUUCCGUUAUCCUUUCCAUCAAAAAGAAGACAUGGGAAGUGAGAUACUUCGGAGGCCAUUUAAAGCGCUUCUGUGGAAUUGGAUGGAAGCGUUUUACAGUGGACAACAAGCUGAAGAUCGGAGAUGGGUGUGUUUUCGAGCUCAUGGACAGCAAGAAUUUGAGAUUUGAGGUUAGGAUUCUUAAUGGUCAGGUACCUGAUAUGUUUUCUCAUAACAGGGUACGGAGUAAUGAGCCUAUUGUGAUUGAUGAUUGAUUAGUCUUGGAAAGAGAAUGAUGUUGGGUUAUAUAGUUAUUUGUAUGUUAUGUGUGAUGGUGUUAUGCUUUGGUAGUAUACAUGAAGUUGUGAUUGCUA